CUAGUAGAUCAGCAUCGAAUAAGCAGAAAGGACGUAGGAAUUUCAAGCAUCACUUUCUCAGGUGCUUCACGUGUUAGUUUCUGGGUUACGACGGGGGAAAGCUGAGCUCACACAUCGUGAAGAGAUCUACACCUACAUCACACAGGAGACCUCACCAUGGCCGAUAAAUACAUCCUCCGCGUGACUGCAGGCCCAGGCUACGACCUGGACUCUCAAAUAGAAGUCCCUGUCAACCAGGCUAAACCCACAAAGAUCACCAGCGCCCUUGCCGACGUCGAGCUCAACGUCCGGAUACAAAAUUACGCCGGCCUCCCUCGCAACUCACCCUCCACCUCACCCUACUUCUCCGCGGAACCCCACGCCACCAACAACGACCAGUACAGCAUCUCUUUCCGCUUCACGCCCAAAAAGCCAUCAGGUGCCUCCUCCUCGGCAGACGGCAUAUCGGCCGAGGACCUGCAGUUCGGCAACGACUUUGACCACCCCAUCCGUGACCGUCUCCCGCCGGGUUUCAACACGGCGCUUAACAUUGUAAAGUGGUGGAUCGAUCCCGGUCUAGACGGCGACGCCUACGCCGACGUCCCUCAUCUCUACGGCCCCGCGCUGAGCUCCUUCAACACCAUUCACGUGGGCUCCGGCGUCCACGACGAAGAAAAGGGCGGGUUAUGGUUCGAGGAAGGAGGCGACGAGGCCGGCCUCGAAGAACGAGAGAAGAUUGGCGCGCCGGCUACGGCCAAGGAGCGCAUGAAGUGGGCGCUUCGUAAGGACAGCAAGGAGAACUGGCUGUUUGAGUAUGGCAAGACGUACGGCUUGGACUUCUUCAAUGCCUACCUCGACUUUGCCAACCUGGCGUUGCGCUUACCUGGCUACCAACUCGCCAUCAUGAAGUAUUGGGACGGACAAGGCCUUCGGGAGGGGGAGCCUAAGCGCUCACAUACGCUUAGAUAUGUUCUUCGGAACAAGACCACCGGCGACGUCUACCUCGUCGUCCUCUUCGAGAUCCACCUCAAGGACGACGUGAACGAAGACGGCACGCUCAAGGCCAGCGCCAGGGGCGUAAAGGCUGGUGCUCUGCCGCCGGCUGCCAAGGACGACCACGAGUCUCACGAUGAGGCCAAGGCGCUCGAGGAGGCUAGGAAGAAGAUGGGCCCCGCUGCACAUGAGACCGAGGACACCAAUGCCGACGAUGUGGACUAGAGUGAUGGGUCGAGUACACUUCCGCGAGAAGUAUGAAGUUUUUGCGAUGAGAGUCGGCCGAUUUUCUUCGUACCAGUUUACGUCGAAAAGCGAGGCAGCGUGGCCGGUAGACACGAACGAAUGGCCGGUAGAGGCCAGAGUCGGGCUUAGAUAUACAUUAAUAAACAGCUCUUGCCUUGCAUCAUGUUACCUCAAUAUAGCACUGAUCACACCGAAUGGAAGUUUACCAAGAGCCCAACAGUCGUUGUCAGCUCUAGUCACUUGGGCCAGACAACCAGUUGUGGACAGAACUUGGGGGCAACACACGCAGUGCGCGAGAGCUAAGGCAAAUGCGUAUCGGCAGAUAUUCAGGAAGCGACAUGAAAAGAUGGAGAGAAGAGAUCUCUAC